AAGGAAGUGGGUGGGAGCUUGCUUUAUAGAAAAGUGGAAUCGAGUCGUCUGUGUCAGUGGAGUCGCUGCCGCCGAGCAACUCUGGUUGCUGUCCCUUCAAGAGUGCUGGAGGCCAAACUUGAAAUGCAAGUUUAAGGUUUCCCAGAGAGCGAAAGAAAGGGAGCUGAGUUCCCCCCCAGCCCAGUCAGCAGCAGGACCAACCCUGACCCGGGUUAAAACUUCCAGCGGGCAUUCGCUGCUCCCACCUCCGCUUCUUGUCUCACGUUCCCACUCGGGGUUUCCCUCAGGGCCGGGAGUCGCAGUUGUCCCCGCUUGUUAGGGCGCUGGAUGGACGCGCCCGACAGUUCCCGCGAACUUGAGGGCGGCCGCUGACACCGCGCCUGCCAAGGGCUCGUGUUCGCCUCCUGCAGCCGCAACCCAGAGGGCAACCGAGGGGCUACCACCAUGAUCACCCGUGUCUUCAGUGUGCGCGUGUGGGCCCCGGUGGGCGUCCUGACCUCGCUGGCGUACUGCCUCCACCAGAGACGGGUGGCCCUGGCCGAGCUGCGGGGGGCCGGCGGCCAGCAUUUCGUGGAGCGCAGCCUGCUGGAGCUGAAAAUGGUGCAGGUCGUGUUUCGGCACGGGGCGCGGAGUCCUCUCAAGCCGCUCCCGCAAGAGGAGCAGGUAGAGUGGAAUCCCCAGCUAUUAGAAGUCCCACCCCAAACUCAGUUUGAUUACACAGUCACCAAUCUCACUGGUGGCCCGAGACCACAUUCUCCUUUCGACUCUCAAUACCGUGGGACCACCCUGAAGGGGGGCAUGUUUGCUGGGCAGCUGACCAAGGUGGGCAUGCAGCAGAUGUUUGCACUGGGAGAGAGACUGAGGAAGAACUAUGUCGAGAACAUCCCCUUUCUCUCACCAACAUUCAACCCACAGGAGGUCUUUGUUCGUUCCACUAACAUAUAUCGGAAUCUGGAGUCUACGCGUUGUUUGCUGGCAGGGCUUUUCCAGCGUCAGAAAGAAGGAUCCAUCAUCAUCUACACUGAUGAGGCAAGCUCGGAAGUCUUGUACCCCAACUAUGAAAACUGCUGGAGCCUGAGGCAGAGGACCAGAGGCCGAAGGCAGACUGCCUAUUCGCAGCCAGGAGUCUCAGAGGAUUUGAAAAAGGUGAAGGAGGAGAUGGGUAUUGACAAUGCUAACAAAGUGGAUUUCCUCAUGCUCCUGGACAACAUGGCUGCUGAGCAGGCACAUAGAUUCCCAAGCUGCCCCACGCUGAAGAAAUUUGCACAGAUGAUUGAACAGAGAGCUGUGGACACAGCCUUGUACAUCCUGCAAAGGGAAGACAGGGAAAGUCUUCAGAUGGCAGUAGGCCCAUUCCUCCACAUCCUGGAGAGCAACCUGCUGAAAGCUGUGGACCCUGCCACUCCACCCGGCAAGAUCAGAAAGCUGUACCUCUAUGCGGCUCAUGAUGUGACCCUCAUGCCUCUCUUACUCACCCUGGGGAUAUUUGACCACAAAUGGCCACCAUUUGCUGUUGAGCUGACCAUGGAACUCUAUCAGCACCAGGAAUCUAAGGAGUGGUUUGUGCAGCUCUAUUACCAUGGGGAGGAGCAGGUGCCGAGAGGUUGCCCUGCUGGGCUCUGUCCGCUGGAUAAGUUCCUGAAUGCCAUGUCAGUUUACUCCUUAAGCCCAGAAAAAUACCACACACUCUGCUCCCAAACACAAGCAAUGGAACUUGGAAAUGAAGAGUGACUGAUUUAUACAAAUAGGACAUGUUGAUUUUAAAUAAAAUGCCUUUAUACAAUG